CGAACACGAGGCACCACGAGAACACGAGUUCAAGAACUGGCUGGAAGCGAACAUGACCAUGCAGUCUAGAAAGGAAUUAGCACUAAUCAUGCUCGUAUAUGGUGCAUUGCUCAGCAGGACACAGGCUCGGACAAUUUGUUCCUGUUAUAAUAAUUUUGAGUCCAACUAUAUCAACCGACCACAUGAUACAAUCGUACAUUCCCAGCAGUGUGAAGCUUGCAGCAACGAGGUUCAUCUAGCUUCUCUGACUGACACGUGUGAUAACCACCAUGCAGAAUCAUUAACACAGGAACAUGGAGCAUGCAGCGGACCGACCUCACCUAUAAGAUACUAUCGAUGUGAUUUAGGAGAGGGAGUGUACACCUGCAGGAUACCAAGGAGAUUAUACAGGUGCGGACUAGUCGCCAUACCCUUCUACAGCUCUAUACUCCUGAAAUAUCGCCCCAGUGACUCUUCUGUUAACCAAUCAUCGACGCCACUGGUGUUGCUCAAUAACGUGUCAAAACCCAUGAUUUCUCUUGGAAACGGUUGCUCCAAAGCAACGGUCUGCAUUGACCCUCUGCGUGUUUUACAUAAUGCACUAAGUGUCAUAACUCUCAGCAUUACCGAAAGUGAAGAGGUGAUAGUGAAUGACGUGAUUGCAACUGUGGUUUAUUAUAAUGAAUGUCAUCAAAGGCCAAGGGCUUCCACUGUCCCUCAGUUUCCGUUCAACAUCGCUCCUUUCAAUCGUAUAGAAUCUGCUGCACAAGAACAGAUUGAAAUGUUGCGGUCGGGAUAACAACCUUUUGUCAAAAGACUCCCCCGGCAUG